AUUUUGUCCGAUCAAAUCCCCCAAAUACAAACAAAUCAUCCAUCAGAAUACAACUGUUCAUUUGUAUACUCUCCGCGCCGAGAUUUCGAAUUUUUCCAAAGAUGUAAUGCUUAACACUCACAUUUGCUCCCUGAGAAGAACAAAAAGUUGUGUUUUUUUCUUCUCUGUCCUGAAAAGAAAUCUCUUUUCGCCUAGAAAUUUCUAGGGUUUGGUUGAAGAUCUUUCGACAUUGCCGAUUCCUGUAUUUUUCUUCUCGAAGCUUCCAGAGGAAAGAAGUGUGGAGUAGAAGAUGCUCUGUGGAAAGAAAAAAGAUAUUAGCGGCUUAAGAGAUGGUGUUACAUUUGUCAGAUUUAGGACCGAGCAGCAACAAUGAUCAGGACAAGAUGGGUUACAUUUCAAUGAAGAAGCAUCAGCACCCAAGAUCAGAAGACUAUGGUGGUGAUGAUGACAACACCGAACUUGCGAGAAAGAAGAAAGCUAAGAUGAACAAGUCAGAAGCAGAAGCUGAUUCUUCUUCAUCAGACCACUCUUGUUUUGUGGCCCUUGUCACGGCUUCUAAUCUACACACAGAUGCUCUGUAUCUUCCAAAAGAUUUCACAAGCUCAAAUGUUCUUAAAAGGGAAUGCCGCAAGAUUGUUUUAACAGAUGGAGGAGAAAGAUCCUGGGCACUGGAUCUGAGGUUCAACAAAUCAUGUGAUAGUUUCUACAUAACGCGAGGUUGGAGAAGUUUCUGUGAAGAAAAUGGUAGAAAAGAAGGAGGCUUCUUUGUUUUCAAACUAGUUGGAAACAGUGAAACGCCUUUUCUCAGUUUCUGUUCCACUGAAUCUUUCAAUGAUGGAACAAACAAGAACAGUAAAGAAUCGUGUAUGGAGUUGGAAAGAAAGAAGAAUCAUCUGAGAUGUAUAGAUUCAACUUCACCAAUCGAAAACCGAUUCGUGACAUUGACACUUCCACAGUGCAGCCUCAGAGACAGUAGAAUUUUUAUUCCAUUGCCAUUCCUGAGAGAAAAUGACUUGGACAAACCUCGGUUGAUAACUCUGUUGGGAAAAGAUGGCACAAAGCAGGUGGCAGAUCUUCGACGGGACGGAAGUGGAAGAAUGAGAUUGACAAAAGGCUGGAGAGAGUUUGCUAAAGCAAACGGCUUAAAGGCAGGCGAAUCCUUCACGUUGGAGUCAAUCUGGAAAGACAAAACUCCUAUGCUCAGAUUGGUCCAUACAGAUUCUAGCAGUGAUGGAAGGCAACAAAGACAAUGCUAUUCAAAAGCUAGCGAGAAAGAGUCUGUUUCCACAGAGAGUAGAAGAGAAAAAGCAAGCAAGAAAGUGUCUCCUCUUAGCAGUGGUAAACAGAUCAGCAAAGAGGAGAGAAAGAAGAAUCAUCUGAGAUUUAGAGAUUCACCUUCACCAAGCCAAAACCCAUUUGUGACGUUAACAGUUACACAUGACAGCCUCAGAAAUUGUAGACUUCAUCUUCCACUGUCUUUCAUGAGAAAAAAUGGCUUGGACAAAUCUGGGAUGAUAACUCUGUUGGGUAAAGAUGGUACAAAGUGGCCGGCAAAUCUUCUACGAGAAAACGCCACAGGAAGAAUGAGUUUGGGAAAGGGCUGGAAAGAUUUUGCUAUAGCAAACAGCGUAAAGGCGGGUGAAUCCUUCACACUGAAGUCACUUUGGAAAGACAAAACUCCUAUGCUUAGUUUGGUCCAUACAGAUUCUAGCAGUGAUGGAAGGCAACAAGGACAAUGCUAUUCAAAAGCUAGCGAGAAAGAGUCUGUUUCCACAGAACCUAGCGGUGAGAACAAGACCCAAGGAGCCAAGAACAAUAGAGAAGAGAAGAGACAUUCAUCUUCAGGAAUCGGAAAUCAGUUUGUGACAUUAACACUCAAACCUGAAGAUGUCAGAGACUGUAAACUAAUUCUUCCAAGUCAAUUCAUGAAGGCUAAUGGCAUCAACAAGCUUGGGAAGAUAACUAUGUUGGGCAAAGAUGGAACGAAGUGCUCGGCUUAUCUAUUGUCAAGAGAUGGAUUCAUGGCUUUGGGACUUGAUUGGAGUGGCUUUUGUGAGGCUAAUGGCGUCAAGACAGGAGAGUCUUUCACUUUGGAGUGUAUCCAUAAGCAAGUCACAACUCCUGUGUUUAAGUUUUUUUCAAACUCUUGAGAUUAAGACGAAAACAAAAUGACUGAUCAAAAGCAUGUAAAGUCAAGUGUUUACAAACUUUGCCUUUUUGUGAAGUUAA